AUGGAAAAAACUUUACAUUUAAAAGACUUAUAUAGAAACACAACUAUCAAAGAAUUAAAUUUAAGGAUUAAAAAUAUUUUAAGAGCCGAUCCAAUUAUACAAAAAAUUGUAUUUAAUGGAAGAAAAGUUGCUGGUGGAGAUAAAGAUUUACAAUAUUAUGGAAUCAAGAAAAAUAGUGUAUUGCAUUUAGACCUUUUGCCAUUUUCAUCAUCACCUUCUUUUAAGGAUAAGAAAGAUAAGAAGAAAAAUAUCAUAUUCAAGAGAUUUAUUAAUCCAAAUUUUAUAAACAAAUUAUAUGAUAAUGCUUUUCAUCUUCUUUCAUCACAUUGUAAUUGGAUAAAAUUUGCAAUAGACAAUAAACAAAUAAUUUCUAAAGACUGGAAGAUUUCUUAUCAUGGAGCAUCAAGGUUCAAACACAAUUCAAUUGCAAAUCAAGGAAAUAUUCUUCUUAGACAAUUAAAACACCAAGAACAUCAUCUUUCCUCAUCUAUAAAAUCUUAA